AAUCAAGCAAUUCACUCUAACUCUUCUAUAUCAAAAGGAAAACAAGGAAACAAUAUAUACGUGCAAUGGAAGGUAGGAUCGAAACUCUUCUAUCCACGAUUCUAGUUGUGACGACUCUGUGUGCCACUACUCUAUUGACACCAGGACUAGCUAGUUCUUCGAUUGAUCUCACAAAAUGUUGGUCAUCGCUCCUCAACAUUCAAGGUUGUGAAGUCGAAAUCUUUAAAUCUAUUUUAACUGGCAAGUUUGAAAACGUUGGACCAACAUGCUGCAAGGCGUUUACGGAAGUGGAUGCAAAGUGUUGGCCAAAAAUGUUUCCGUUGAAUCCAUUGUUCCCUCCUCUUCUCAAGGAUGGUUGCUCUCGCAUCAUCUCAGGUGCACCCGCACACACGACACCGCAAUUCCCUUUCAUCCCUGGUUCUCCGAUCGACCUCACAAAAUGUUUGUCAUCACUUGUCAACGUUGAAGGUUGUGUAACUGAAAUCCACAAAGCAGUUUUCACAGGAAAGUUUGAUAAUGUUGCACCAAUGUGCUGCAAGGCGUUUUCAGCUGUGGAUGCCAAAUGUUGGCCACAAAUGUUUCCGUUUAAUCCAUUCUUCCCUCCUCUUCUGAAGAAUGAAUGUUCUCGUAUCAACGAAGCCACUCCUACACACAAGUGAAAGUAACUAUAAAACCAUCAUUAAAAAUGCUUUAAACUAGGCUUAUUAUAGCCUUAUAUUCAACAAUUUCCUCUAUUCCAAUCAGUCAUAGAAGAUAUUUCACGUGUAAUGGUUUUUGCUUGUUCUAGUUUUUAUCGUCUAAAGUAAUAAUUUAAUUACAAGGUUCUGGUAUAAGCUUUUACAACUUUCAUCGUUUUAAGACCAUGUAUUCUUAAAAAGCUAAUAGUUUCAGUAACUCAAAUCAACACUGAAAGACCUAUAUAGAAAAGAAUUUGAUAAAUGAAUAAACUCUCUCCCUCUACAGUGAGAGCAAAUUAAGAAG